UACAAGAGAGACCCUCUCUCUAUAUCAUUUCAAGGGUGUAGCACCACCGCAGCAGACAUUUCUAUUCAAUCGACGGCGAGACCUAUUUUGCAAGAUAGCAGAAGGAAAUUAUAGUAGCUCAAGAUGGCAACGAGUUCUGUGUCUAAUUUACGUCAUGUUGGUCAUUCGCUGCUUCGGGGCCUCAGCAGUUACUCGUCAGGGAUGAUAAGAUCACCACAGGAUACUAUGUGCAAUAGUUUCUUGACUCAGCAAAUAAGGACUUUUAUCCAAAUGAGAUCUAAUCUGAAAGUGGUAGACAACUCCGGGGCAAAGCGAGUUAUGUGUAUACAAGCUUGUAAGGGAAAGAAAGGAGCGAGAUUAGGGGAUAUGAUAGUUGCAUCUGUGAAGGAGGCCCAACCAGGUGGAAAAGUAAAGAAAGGGCAGGUGGUAUAUGGUGUAGUUGUCCGUGCUGCCAUGCAGAAGGGCCGUUGUGAUGGAAGCGAGGUCAAGUUUGAUGAUAAUGCCGUUGUGCUCGUCAACAAGCAAGGUGAACCAAUUGGAACCAGGGUCUUUGGCCCGGUUCCACAUGAGCUAAGGAAGAAAAAGCAUGUCAAGAUACUCAGUCUUGCACAGCAUAUUGCUUAAGGUAU